CCUACUUGUACCUUUUAAAACUAUAUCAUUGUUAUACAAAUUUUAACAUUAUGAUAGGAUAUUUCCCAUUCUAUAAAUAUAACAUUAUUCUAGGAAUAGGCGAUUGUGCCGAGAGUGGAAUAGAGAAGGCAAUGGAAUGAAGAGUGUCUAGAAUAUAAUAUUAGAAGAUGCUGUAAGACUGAAUUCAAAGAAAAUGAACAACAUAUGCAAAGGGAGCUUAAAACAGGAGGACUACGAGUGCCUACAAAUGAACUAUAUGUAUUUGAUAAACGAACUUGAACCAGUUCCCGUUGCUAAAUAUUUGUUCCAAAAUAAAGUGAUUAAGCUCCACGAAUUGGAGGAUAUUUCAAAUAGCUCGCCAAGAGACGAACAAAAUACAAAAUUAGUACACAUAAUUUUAAGGUCCGGCCCAGGGCAUUCUUACAUUAUAUUUUGUCAAGCUUUGGAACCACACCAAGGGCAUAUUCUAGAGAAAUUAAAUAAUUCAAAAUUGCAGAUAAUGUGUAGAGGUGUCGAAGAUAAUGAAAGGAACGUCACACAAGAAAAUUCGAGCGAAACUAUAGAGACAGACAGCAUUGAAAAUGGAGAAGCCAAUCCUAAUUCAUUAACAUCUAAUAUUGAGAGAGAAACCUUACAGACAGACGUAAUUGAAAAUGGAGAAGUCAAUGCUGAUUUGUCGACGUCUAAUAUUGACCAGCAUGAUGGUCAUUCAUUGGAGAUCCCUGGUAAAAGCUUACAAGAUUUGCAAACAGAAAUUGAAGAACUGAAGAAACAAUGUGAAAAACAGCAGCAAGAACUGAACAAUCAGAAAAAGUUUUUCGAAGAACUUCAGCAAAGAGAUUCUCCCUCUUGGGAAUGUAAAGCGAAAGCACUAGAAAAGGAAUUGUUACUUGUGCAAGCAGAAAAAUUCCAGAUGGUGAAUGAUUUAGAUUCUUGUCUAGAAAAAAUAGCUCAGAACCAUCCAAAUAGUGAUCAAUUACAGUAUUUAUUGCAUCACGCUUCUCAUUGGGGAUUCACUUUGACACUAAAAUCCCUGAUGAAAAAAGGUCUUGAUGUUGACAAACAGCUACAAGUGAUACGAAAGAAAAUUAUCACCCAGACUCCUUACCCAGAUCUUAAAACAUAUACAAUCGACAAACUUGAGAAAAAGCAAUCCCCAUUAAUGGUCGCAGCAGCCAACGGCAGCUUUCAAUCCUUAGACAUUCUUCUAUCGUCUGGUGCGAACGUGAACGCCAGAGAUGAAAGUGGUAAUACUGCCUUGAUCCACGCUUGCAGGGGAAGAUGUAUGGAUGACACUUCCGAAUAUGUGACCCUCGGAAACUUUGAUCAGCCUUUUAUCACCAACAAUCAAAUCAAGUGCGUUGAAAAACUUAUCACUGCUAAAGCUGACAUAGAUAGCAAAGAUAAGCACGGAAUGACGGCACUCAUGUUUUGCGCUAAAAACGGGGAUACUCUCCUGCUUCAAAAGAUCCUGGAAUAUGUUCCAAGCAGAGAAAUAAGAUGCAGUGAAGGAAAAACUGCACUCCUUUACGCUUGCUCUAAAAACACGGAACCACACGCUCUAUGUGUGUCUCUUCUUAUAGCGAAAAAAUCUGACAUUAAUGCCAAAGACUUCAAGGGGGAUUCAGCGUUAAUGCAUUCUAUAGAUUGUAACAACUUAAAUGCAUUCCUUAGCUUGCUAAAAGCAGGAGCAGAUGCUCAAGCAGAAAAUGAACAAGGCCUGACUUGCCUGAUGCACGCUGCAAUCAAAGCCGAGCACACAUUUUCCCAGGAGCUAAUAUCACGUAAUGUUGACGUCGAUAAUCAAGAUCCCAACAAUACAACAGCAUUAAUGAUAGCCGCUGGCUCCGACUGUCCAGUCAGCGUUGUAACAUUGUUACUUACUAAUGGAGCGAAUCCAAACCUUCAGAACUGCAAAGGGGAAACAGCUUUGAUGAUUGCCGCGUCUUUGUGCAAAGAGGACAAGGUCCGAGCAAUUCUUUCACAUGGCAAUAAAGUCGAUGUUAAUUUAAAAGCUGCCAAUGGUAUGUCACCUCUCAAAAUGGCUCGUCUCAGCCCGGCAGGGAACUUAGAAAGCAAGGAUACAAUAGUAAGUCUAUUAAUAGGUGCCAAUGCAGGUGAAUAAAAAGAACACUUAUUCGUAGGACAAGAGUUAAUUAUUUAACAGAUCUACAUUGCUGAAAGAAGAAAAAUCGUGCUGGAACAAUAUUGAAAACAAAGAUGUUUAGAUAGUAGGUUUUGUCAACUAGAAAUAAGCAAACAAGACAAUUAUGAGUUUUAGUGGUUAACAAUUUCUUCAUUACGGCAUUACAAUAAUGUAAUACCAAAAGACAUUCUGAUUUAAAUUAAAAACAAACAACAUAUUUUUAUGUUGGGCAUCAGCCAUUCGUAUGAGAAUAGUAAUCAAAUCACAUUCCUUUUUUUUAUACCGAAACAUUAGUGACACUGUCACAUCCACAUAUUUUGUGACACUGUCAAAUCCACAUAUUUUGUGAUACUCUCACGCCCACAUAUUUUUGUGACUGUCAAACCCAUAUAUUUUGUGACAAUGUCACACAUAUAUACUUUGACACUGUCACAUCCACAUAUUUUGUGACGCUGUCACAUCCACAUAUUUUGUGACACUGUCACAUCCACACAUUUUGUGACACUGUGACACGUCCUUCGCAAUAGUCCUACCUCUUAUACCCGAUGUCUCCUGGCGUGUAUUUAUUUCAAUUCUGCCCCUUGCGCACACCAGCAUAAGACAGAUACAUUUAAAUUCCAAUAUAGUGUCUGAAUUCUGACAUGAGCAACUGAAAACUCUUAUGAACUUCUCUGAAACAUUCAAACAUUACAGUUGAAAGUCAGGGCAGAAAAAAAGAAGCUCGUGUUAUGCUGAAUCUACCAAGCCAAAUAUAAUCUUAAUCAUGAAUUCGACAAAAGACCGGAUUGAGUCUUGAUAAGGCUCUAAGCUAUUCGAGUUAUGGAAGUCUUUGUAAUCAAAAUAAGGCAGUAUUUUUACUAUCUGUUCAAAAUGAUUGAAAAUAUUCCUGGAAUCAUUUUUGGGACCCCUAAGUAAGUUGGGGCCUGUAGCUUAAGCUUGUAUUGCCUAUAGGUAAAUCCAACACUGAUUCAAAGACCAGUUUUUAUUGUUCAUCUCUGGAGAAAUUAUGGACAUGAGAUUUAAUCAGCAUGUUGACUGGAAGUCUCAACUUCUGUUUAUUAGGACGAUCACGAUGUCAUGAGUCGAUACUUUGACCUAAUUCGACCAGUUUCUAGACGCCCAGUUCAGGUCAUAGAUGACCAGAGUAAACAAGUUAAUUAUAGUCAUCCAAUCAGAGAAAUAGGUUAAGGGAAAAAAAAAACAUAUGUCAGCUUCAAGAAGGGCACAGUUAAUAAAAUAAUUAGGGGAGAAGUUUCUAUAGUUCUGAAAAGUACGAUUUAGGAAAGUAUAAAUUAGGCGAAAGUUAGUCGGGGGUCCUCGCAUUGUAACGGUCCUUUGCUAAGUAACAGGUCCUUUGCUUAGUAACGGUCUUGUGUUCUAAUGAGUUUAAACACUUGCGGGUCCAUUAGUUGAAGUUAUACAUGUUGAAGUUGUUGUUCCAUCUUUAAGUUAUUUCAGUUAUAAGUUAUAUCAGUUAAAUGUGUAGUAUAAGAACGUUUCAUUUAAUGAAGUUAUUUAAGUAAAGUUAUUGAAUUGAGAAUGUACUUAUAUGUGUAAUUUGAAGAAGUUUAUUAAAGAAGUUAUAGGAUGUUUUUUUAGUAUGUUAUCAAGUCAUUUAUAUAAUCUCCAGCGUGAUGAUUCUGUUUGAACAAUAAUAUAGAUAAGAAGAAAUACCAAGAAAUAAAUAAACAGAAAUCGUCACACAUAAUACCACAAUGACAUUAGUUUGUGAAAUUAAAGGUUGUAGAUCGUUGUGCUGGCCACACGAUAGACUCUUUAACUGUUUGCCAUUGUAACAGACGAGUUUUACAUCUGCCCCCGUAGAUCACAAGAUUUGAAAAGGAAAUGUACAUUUUUUAUAAGACAUUAACAAGGAUGGCAUUGUUGUUAUAAAAUGUUUGUAACUGCAUUUAAAAAUUAUAAUGUAUUACAGACAUUACUUUAAAAAAAAAGAUAAUUACGCCCUACGCAUCAUGUCUCAAUCUAUUGAUGCAUGUUAAUCAAUGACUUAAAUUCUGCUGAGUCCUUCUUUUUUCCUGGCUGAUUCAGGCAAGCCUUUCCAUUCUUUAAUAGCACUAGGGAAGACGGAGCACUUGUACGGAUUCGUUUUAUAGUAUGGAAUAAGAAAUGUGCCUACAUUAUUGUGUCUUUCUGAGUAUUUUAUUAGGUUUAGUCUAUCUAUUUCUAAGUUAUUGAUUAUAUAAAAUAACCUUUCUGUAUGCAUAGGCCUAUGUUGGUCUUUUGUUCAUGAAUAGCGGUAGAAUUUUUAUCUAUUGAUGGCAAUUGAUGCUCAGUGAUAAAUCCUAUAUUUUUUACUUUUUUUUUUUAACAGAUUGGAAUGUCUUACAACAGUUUAUAUGUUUUUUUUUUUAUUAAUGAAUGGCGACGUAUUGGCUAGACUUCACUUGCAUAUGUAGUAAAAAUGUAAUGUAAUAAUAUAGUAUUGUCAAAAUGUUCAUCAUUACCCCUUAUUAUUCUAUGUGGAUUCUCAAAACCUUGAAGGUAUUUUUUUUUGUACAAUACCUAUAUUCAAGUCAGAACCUCAUGAAACCUGAGUGAAUGGCUCUAACGAUCUAUUUUUGGCUGAAAUUUAACAGUUGAUGUAUAUCGCUGAGAAAAGAAUUACUAGCUUGUUUGCCACAAUGAGAAACUCUAGUUUGACCGUUAUAAUUUUUCAAAGUAAAAAAUAAGUGAAUGUAAAUUUGGCUGUAGACUAUUAUCUAGGUCUAGAGCCAACAUAGCGAAGUUAGCCGUAUUACCGUAAAUGCGAUAACUUGUAAAUUUUGAAAGCUGCUUCAUUUUUGUUAAAGCGUUGCUUAUAUUUUACUUAAAUCUAAUCUAGAUUCUAGAUAUAAAAGUAGAUCUAAGCUAGAUCUUAAGAGUUCUAAAUCAGAACUUUAGGUCUAAAGCUAGUCUUAAAUCUCGAUGUCCAUAUAAUGAACAUACUACUAAUAUAUUUUCUUCGUUGGUCGAAUCAGAAAAUACAUAUUAUGUAGCAGCUGACGGUGUCACAGGUUCGAUAAUGAAAUUGAACCAAAUU